GAAGGGACAGAACGAGGUAGGCAGGCGGUGAUCGGGGUUUACCGUGAGAGUAAGUUUCAUAUCCAGGAAGGGCAGAGGUGGGACUCGAGAGGUGAAGAAGCCGAGAGUGAAAGUUGAACGGAAAUCGAAAAAGAACAAAACCAAAACAGGGCGGAAAAAUGGAAAGGUGAAAAAAGUAAACGAAAAUCGAUGAAGAUGUAAAGUUAAAAUAUGGACAGGCAUGGACGUGGAGAAAUAGGUCAAGCGGAGAAGUGAGACUGAACGAGAUGUAAAUGUAGAACGGGGAUGCGUGGAUAAAGAGCCACCAAAGGGAUGGCAACAGCCAGGAUGGAGAGGGGUCGCGUGUGCGAGCGGCAAGGCGGUGCUGACUCAGGGAACGACCAAUAGACAAAAGCUGGUACACAAAAGUGCUGGAGAAACUCAGCGGGCGCAGCAGCAUGGAGCGAUGGAAAUAGGCAACGUUUCGGGCCGAAACCCUUCUUCAGACUAAUGGGAGGAGGGCAAUAGCCAUUGGGGUACUGAUUGGGGAUGAUCAGCCAUUGAAUGGCGGUGCUGGCUCAAAGGGCCAAUGGCCUGCUCCUGCACCUAUUGUCUAUUGACCACAGUGCUCCGAGUAGAAACAAGGAACUGCCUCAGCGGGGCAGGCAGCAUCUCUGUAAAAUGAUAGGUGACGUUUCGGGUCGGGGCCCCUCUUCAAUUGUCCAGACUGAAGGACUUCAUCUUCUCCAGAGAUGCUGCCUGACCCACAGAGUUACUCCAGCACUUUGUGUCUAACCACAGAGCCCAGGAAAUUGUAGAGCAGCGAGUUACUUUGUCUGCGCUCACUUCAUGGGAACAGUCGUCUGCGAAAACGUCUCUGCGAAUUGAUUCUUGUCAUCGAUAACAUAUCAUUAACAUACCACCAAUAGAAGUUAACGUGGUCUGAGCUAACCGUUUUACUCUUCGCGUCGACAUGCUGGUUUUGAGUUCACUGACACCGGUUUAGUUGCUGUGGGUUGUACUGAAGAUAGACACAAAGUGCUGGAAUAACUUAGCGGAUCAGGCUUAACAUCUCUGGAGAAUAGGAAUGGGUGACGUUGGAGUCUGAACCCUUAUUCUGCACUCUCUCUCCACUUCCACCCGUCUCUCCCUUUCAUUGCAAGAAGUGACACUGAUCCGUUGUUUGUUUUCCGGCUUUUUUUCUUGAGCUCUAACGUCAUCCGGCAACGAGAGUUUAUUUUGUCCCCGGGUUGUACAUUCAACAGAAAAGAUGAUGUGUACAGGAUAUUAAUUGCGCACGCCCUUGAAGCCCAUCGCUCCUGGGUCUGAGAUGGCGGGAGGUAUUGUGUGUGAAUGACGCGAUUCUUCCUGUUUCCUUGUUUGCUCUUUCCUUGGAGAUUAAGGGUAGAUGGAGGGGUGGGGCGGCGCAGUGCUGGUUCCCCAGCCAGGUAUAAAUAGCAGCGCGCAGAAGCGGAGAGGACAAGGAGAAGGUGGCAGGUAGCAGAGUGGGGAAGAGUGCCAGUGGUAACGGAGUGCAGGGUACAGUCCCGCACAGAGGAGCACAGUGGGCGCAGCCAGGGUCAGAGAGACAGGAACCCAGGCACCGGGCAGGAGCGGGUCUUAGGGACAGACACAAAGCAAACCCGGGUUUCUGCGACAUGUACUCCUUCAAGAACGAGGGACCCAGGAGAGGGCGAUCCUUCGAAUCCAUAAACACCAGUCUGGACGAGAAACAUCUCAAUAACGAGAUCAACAAAUCCAAUUUCUGCAAAAUCGAAGAGAACAAGGAGAAUAAGGAGAAUUGCAAUAUGUCUGUGGAACGGGGAAGAGUGGCUGUAGUCUUCUCUCUGAAAAAUGAGGUUGGGGGACUGGCAAAGGCACUGCGACUCUUCCAGGAGAAACGCAUAAACCUGGUUCACAUUGAGUCUCGAAAGUCCAAGCUGAGGAACUCUGAGUUUGAGAUUUUUCUUGACUGUGACAGUGACCGUGAACAACUCAAUGAAGUCAUCCAGAUUCUGAAAAGUCACGUCAACAUCGUCACUCUCAACUCACCUGACAACUCAUCUGCGGAGGGAGAUGAUAUGGAAUCUACGUGGUUUCCAAAGAAGAUAUCAGAUCUAGAUAAAUGUGCAAACCGGGUGCUGAUGUACGGCUCCGACCUGGAUGCAGAUCACCCGGGAUUCAAAGACAAUGUAUAUCGAAAGAGGAGAAAAUACUUUGCUGAUCUGGCCAUGGACUACAAGCAUGGCGAUCCCAUUCCACGGAUAGAAUUUACUGAGGAAGAAGUAAAGACCUGGGGCACCGUUUUCCGAGAGUUGACUAAGCUGUAUCCAACCCACGCCUGCAGAGAAUAUCUCAAGAACCUGCCUCUGCUAACAAAAUAUUGCGGCUACAGGGAGGACAAUAUCCCUCAGUUGGAAGACGUCUCAAAGUUCCUUAAGGAACUGUCUGGGUUCACUAUCCGACCAGUGGCUGGAUACCUGUCUCCUCGGGACUUCCUGGCAGGUCUGGCUUUCCGAGUCUUUCAUUGUACUCAAUAUGUGAGGCACAGUUCAGACCCUCUGUACACACCUGAACCUGACACAUGCCAUGAGCUGAUGGGACAUAUUCCCCUUCUGGCUGAGCCAAGUUUUGCCCAGUUUUCUCAGGAGAUUGGCUUGGCCUCUCUGGGAGCCUCUGAUGAAGCAGUUCAGAAACUAGCCACUUGUUACUUCUUCACUGUGGAGUUUGGACUGUGUAAACAGGAUGGCCAGCUGAGAGUGUAUGGGGCAGGUCUGCUGUCCUCUGUCAGUGAGCUGAAGUACUCGCUCUCGGGAAAUGCCAAGGUGAAGCCUUUCGACCCGAAAGUCACUUGCAAACAGGAGUGUCUCAUCACCACAUUUCAAGAUGUUUAUUUUGUUUCAGAAAGUUUUGAGGAUGCAAAAGAAAAGAUGAGGGAAUUUGCAAAGACCAUCAAGCGUCCAUUCAGUGUGAGAUACAACCCCUACACGCAGACGGUGGAUGUUCUGAAAGACACCAAGAGCAUCACUAAUCUGGUGAAGGAACUUCGCAAUGAACUGGAUACUAUCUCUGAUGCUCUCAGCAGGAUGAACAAUCAGUUCGGCAUCUGAGACCUUGCAUCCGGACACCCUACCACCAAAACCUAGCCCCCAUAUCCAUUGCUCUUCUAAUCAUGGUUAUUACUGCUUUGGUGUGAUUAGAUGAAUUACCAGGCAAACAUUAACCUGCAAAAAUAACCUUUGACAGCAAACCAUAGUGCUGAAACUAUCAGUCUUGCAAUAACAAGCAGAUAUCUUUGUGUUGAAAGGAACUGCAGAUGCUGGUUUACGCCGAAGAUAGACACAAAGUGCUAGAGUAUCUCAGCGGUACAGGCAGCAUCUCUGGAGAAAAAGGUUGGGUGAUGUUUCGGGUCGGGACCCUUCUUCAGACUUUCUACGCAGAUGGGUCUCCAUUCGAAACAUCACCCAUCCUUUUUCUCCAGAGAUGCUGCCUGACCUGCUGAGAUACACCAACACUUUGUGUCUAUCUCUGAGCAGAUAUCUUUGUACAACUCUUUGAAUCUUCAGCACUUAUCCACUGCUUCCAGUUCAAAUUAUCAUCUUUAGGAAACUUCUCAGUGCUUUUCACAUCUGUAAGCCUCGGUUAUUGCAGAGUCUGCAGAUAGUUUAAUUUACUGUCACGUGUACCAAGGCACAACGAAAAGCUUUGCAGCCAGAUAUUGCAGAUAGGUCAUUAUCCCAGGGAAAGCAAAUUUCACAAAGGAAAGACCAGCAGUCACAAUCAUUCACUUUGUUGGGUGAGAAUGUACAUUAUGUAGUGUGCAGCAAGUUCUUAAUUUUUCCAUUGACUGUAAAUGAAAAAUGUACAUCAAUAGACCACCUUCCUUGAUAUCACCCUCCCACUGGCUCUAACCUUAGCAGCCCCACAUUUCCAAGAAAGAUCAAGGCCUCGAUUCCUAACCCCAUCCAUUCUGUGAUUGAAUUGUUUCUCGGUUUCAAAUACCUCCAGCUAUUAUUUAAAAUGCAGAACUAAAUCUUGAUUAUUUCUUGUGUUAUCAACUCCAUUCCUCAAGAGGUGAUUCUGGCUUUUGUAAGGAUGUAUCACCACCCCUCCAUUUCCCUCCAACCCUUCAAGUUGUGUUAGACUUCCCCAUACCUCCAGCUAAUGUUUUUGAUGUGGACAAAUUGAUUUUGUUGGCUUUCCAUUCCUUCACCCAUUGACCCUGGAGCCCUGGAUGGCAGAACUAUACUACAAUUUCUCCCACCAAAUGGUGAGGACGGUCUUGUUACACAAGCAUCCUAUUUUUGGUUAGGUAUGUCAUAAAUAUGAUAAUGUCAUUUCUGGAGAAAAUCUUGUUAGUGACAUUGGUGGAGUAGGGAGUAAUAGAAUUAAAUCUAGAAUUAAAAGUAGGAUGCAAGGGUAUUACAUGAAAAGUUCCAUGGGUAUUGACCUGGGGAAAAGAAUAUUGGAAGAGGUUGAUGACUGGGUAAUUUACAGCUGGCUGCGUACCUGCCAAUGUUGGACAAUGCAGGAUGUUAUCAAGCAGCUGGUAUUAGACAUUAGGAUUCCACCACGCAUUUGUUACUUGAUUUGAUCGGCCAUUAUGGUUGUGCAUACAAAUCCUGUGCAAUAGUGUGACAGUCCACACUACCUGCACUGGCCGCAUUCCUUGGUAUGAAGGAGUGCACUAACGCUGCUCAAAGGGUUUUGCAGGUUAAUGUUGGGAAUGCCCCACUUGCUAGAAUCACUAAUCCCUGCUGCUUUGCCAUAGUUGUCACUCCAGAGCUUUGUAAGUUGCUGUGAGAUUGAUAUCCAUGUUCUCUAACUGUCCACAGUAGAGGUUGUACAUCGAUCACAGUAAUCAGUGACAUGUUUACUUGGGGAAUCACAGCCAUAAGUAAAUUAACCUUUCAGCUUGUGUGCAUCAUGUUGAGGGGCAGCUCUGACUCAGGUAGACAGUCCAGCUUAUUUUAAUUUACAAUUAGAUAAUGGGUGUUAGCUGAUCUGAUAUGCGGGGGGAAAUGUUGUUGCUUCUGAUUAUUGCAGAGUUACUACUGCAGAAAAGACCUGUCUGCAACACAGUUUGAGGACUGAUUUGACAACCAAUGUGUUGGUUGUGCUGCUUCCUCCCCAGAAGAUGAAUGUUGAUCCACACUCCCUUGUGAAUCAUGGUAUUUUGGUCAAAGUGCUAGGCCUGGCUCUGCUGUGCAACAACACUUCCAAUAGAGAGAGUGAAAACACCAUUUAAAUUUUAAAAAUGAAUAAGAUAUGAGCUCCUUGCUCCUGCUGAUCAUGACUCAUUGGCGACAAAGAGGCUGGUGCUCACUGUAUCCCCCCCUAAUCACUGCGUGUGUCUGAAUAUUAAAUAACCAAAGAGUAAGUUACGUAUUGCCUAGUUGAUAAAGCAUGAUUUUAGCUGUCACAUUUUUAUCAAGAGACGCAAUCACAGCUAGUGGCGUGCUCGGCUCGAAGGCUAUGGGACACUGCAGGACACAGCGUCCCAGACUGACCGCAAUGAGAUUGUGUCUGUGAUUCUUGCACACUGCUUGCCAGGUUAUGGGUAGGUGUUUCGCUUGGAAAUGGCCUCCCUAGAGUAGCCCUACAAGAAGGGGAAUAACAGGAGAGGAAGAAUUUAAUUAUGGCCAGGUCCUUUUGCUUCCUGGAUGAAGGCUGGGGUAAUCGUGCAUGUUGCCUACAUUUGUUGGGCAGCAUCAAUUGAGGUGGGGGAAGCCUCCCUGAUGGGUUCACUUUCUCAAGCGGGAAGAUCUCGGAAUUAAGGUCCAAGAGUCCGGCAGGCUGCACAUGUACUAUGUUGGUAAUUAGCAUUAUGCAAUGAAUUUGCAACUAAUUGUAUGUUUUAAAUUGAAACUGUGAGAAACCUUUAGUGUAUUUAUGAUCAGCAUUAAUUGCCUAUAAAUGUAUUAGUAGCCAUGGUCUUCAAUUGUUUGACUCUUGUUGAAUUUGAAUAUUUUAAAUGUGCAUGUCCUUGUGCCAAACUAUUUGUCCAAAGCGCUUGCACUUCACAAAUAAAGGACAGCUUCACCCAAUCAGACUGCAGUGUCCAAAACUUGUAUUUUAAUUAAAUUAAAUUAAAUUAAUUUGAAUUAAUUUAAUUUAAUUCUGAUAUAUGUACGAGAUCACAGGAAUUAAAACAUAGAACGGUACAGCACAAGAACAGGUCCUUUCGCCCACAAUGUCUGUGCUGAACAGGAUACCAUUCUUAUCUACCUGCACAUAAUCCAUAUCCCUACAUUCCCUGUAUAUCCAUGUGCCCAUCCAAAAGUCUGUUAAAUGCCACUAUCGUAUCUUGCUCAACCACCACCCCUGGCAGCAUGUUCUAGGGACACGCCACCCUCUGUGUAAAAAGUCGGGUCAGGGCCCGUCUUCAGAGUGAGGCACUCCAGCACUUUGAAUGAAUGAAUGAAUGAAUAAGUUGGUCAUGUAUGUACACAUACAAGCAAUUUACCUUGGUGCUCCGCUUGCAAGUAACAACAUGACAUACAGUAACAAUUAAGAAUGACACAUAACACAUUAAACAUUAAUAAUAAAACAUUACAGUUUAAACAUGUGAAUGAAAUAAAAUACCAGAGCAAAAUGAGGUUACAGAUUUUUGGUUAUUGAGUAGAGCUACUACUGAUGAAAAAAAGCUGUUUUUUAUGUCUGGCUGUGGCGGCUUUGACAGUCCGGAGUCGCCUUCCAGAGGGAAGUGAUUCAAAGAGUUUGUGGUCAGGGUGAGAGGGGCCAGAGAUGAUCUUACCCGCUCACUUCCUGGCCCUUGCAGUGUACAGUUCAUCAAUGGAGGGGAAGGUUGCAGCCAAUAACCUUCUCAGCUGAUCGGACGAUGUGCUGCAGCCUCCGGAUGUCGUGCUUUGUGGCUGAGCCAAACCAGACCAUGAUGGAGAAGGUGAGGACAGACUCUACGAUGGCAGUAUAGAAUUGGACCAUCAUUACUUGUGGCAGAUUGUGUUUCCUCAGCGGCCACAGGAAGUACAUCCCCUGUUGGGCCUUUUGUGGAGUCGAUAGUGGCCCCCCAUUUCAUGUCCUUGGAGAUGAUGGUUCUAAGGAACUUAAAACACUCCACAGAUGUGACUGUGGUGUUGUUGAUGGUGCGUGGGGGGGAGGGGGAACUCUCCUAGAGUCUACCAUCAAUUCCACAGUCUUAAGAGCAUUGAGCUCCAGGUUGUUACGAAGGCACCAGGACACCAGCUGUGUCAGUUCCUGUCUGCAGGCAGUUUCCUCCCCAUCCUGGAUCAGUCCAAUCAGGGUAGUGUUGUCCGCAAACUUGAGAAGCUUGACAGAGGAGUCUGUGGAGGUGCAGUCGUUGGUGUAGAGAGAGUAAAGGUGAGGAGAGAGUACGCUGCCUUGCGGUGCUCCUAUGCUGUGGGUUUGCGGAUCCGAGAUGUGCUUUCACAGCCUCACAUGCUGUUUCCUGUCUGUCAGGAAGUUGGUGAUCAACUGACAGAGGGGUUCAGGUACAGUCAACUUGGAGAGUUUGGAGUGUAGUAGCUCUGGCACAAUGGUGUUGAAUGCAGAACUAAAAUCAACAAACAAAAUCCUUGCAUACGUCCCCUGGCGGUCUAGGUGCUGGAGGAUGAAGUGCAGGCCUAGGUUGACUGCGUCAUCCACCGGUCCAGCAGGGGGUUUGUGAUAUUUUUCAGCUUGGCCAGCACAAGUCUUUCAAGGGUCUCCAUGACUACAGAGGUCAGUCCGACAGGGACAGGCCUGUAGUCAUGAAGACUAGUAAUCCUUGUCUUUUUGGGUACAGGGUCAAUAGUGGAGACUUUGAAGCAGGCAGGGACAGUACAGGUUUGCAGGGACUGGUUGGAAAUAUCUGUGUAGACUGGUGCCAGCUGUUCGGCACAGAGAGAGCUUGAGGGUCGAGGGGGAAAUAGUGUCCGGUCCUGGAGAUUUCCAGCUUUUCUGUCUUCUGAACAACCUCUCCACCUCCUCUAUUUCUAUUGUUAGUGAUGGAGAAGUGGCCAGAAUGAUGUUGGGCAGCAAGGAGAGGGUGGGUAGUGGACGAUGGCCCAGUCUUUGCAGAGGUGGCUGGGGAGGGGGUACCCAAGGUUAAGUUUCUGUUUAUCGAACCUGCAGUAGAACUCAUUCAGGUUGUUGGUCAGCUGACGAUUGUCCAAGGAGCGGGGGGCUUUCCUCUUGUAGCUGGUGAUUUCUUGCAAGCCCUUCCAAACUGAA